GGGGUCGAUGCCUCACGAGGCAGCCCGUUCACAAACGGUUGCACACGAGGGGGUCUAAGCAGUGGCCUGUAGCGAGGCAACGACAUCGUUAUCUGCUUCUGAAACUCUCGUGUUUUUCCAUCUCCAUAUACUGGUAAGCUUUUCAAGAAGAUGGAAUUGCACAAGCUAGCAGAUAUGCUACUGAGGAUUCAAUUAAGUCAUGGCUUAAUGAAUUACUUUGCUUGGUUGUUGCAAGUUACAUUCCAAAUAUCACUAUACUUCCACAUCCAAGUGAAUGUGCCCUUUACUAUGUCAACCGAGAUAUACUUUUCUAAUAUCACAAGGAGAGUGAGAUAUGUUUAUAGGUUUGUCUCUCCAUUGUGGAAUUCAAUGAUAUUUUUUCUCCUCAUAGAGAGAAGACUACACUUGAGCAUGAGCCUAGCUUGUGGUUGCUGCAAUUGGCUUCAAGGCAAGAAGGCCUGAGAUCACAAGUACUGUAAAUAGACAUGUGGCUGCCAUAAUUGAGUCCUGUUGGGCCAGGUAUAGAUAUCUAUUGCCUGAUGCAGGCAUGGUUAUUAAAUAUUAACAUACUUCUUCACUCGUGCUUCCCCACACACUAACUUAAAUCACAUGUUGAGCUUCAGCGAGCCAUGGAAAAGGCCUUCUUUUUCUAGUAUCAUGGAAUCCUUGAAGCCUCUAAUCAAGACUCAAUCACCUCAACCGUUACAUUCUGAUAUGUCUAGUAUCCAAUAGCCAGAUGAUUGCAUAUUCCUAAGAGAGAUGUGUAUUGUAUCUAUUCUACUUGUCAAAAAAGGUCCCCUUCAAAUUUUG